AUGCCCGCCCGAAACCCCACCGGCUUCGACCUCGCCCAAUUCAAGGCAGCAGCCUCCCCUCCUCGGUUUACGCCAAGCGGGAUCCCUGGGCUCGCAAGUAUGCUCUUGAUUGCCUUGUCCUCUGAUGCUGGAAUUACGACUCCUGAGACCUGGCGCUAUACUGGACCUUUCACCCGGUGGAACCGCUUCAAGGGUCUUUUCCCCGGCCUGGGCAUCGCGACCGUCGCUUUCACUGCCUACUGCGCGUACGAGCACUUGUUCCUGAAGGACGACCACCACCACGGUGACGCUCACCAUGGCGAGGGCCACCACUAA